GCUGUCGGCCGCAGGCAGCUAGCGCGCACCUGCCUGCCCGGCCCACCGCCUGCGGCGCGCCGAGAGUCCUCGCCGCGCAAGUUGCGGGUCCCGGGGGGCCGGGCUGCGGGCCCGCGGGCUCCGGGGAUGGCUUCGGAGCCGCGCUGAUUCCGUUUCUCCUUGGACCAAGAUGACUGAUGGAAAUCUCUCCACCUCUACAAAUGGUGUAGCCUUGAUGGGCAUUCUGGAUGGUCAGCCAAGAAACCACAUUCAGAACCUGCCACACUUGAAUCUCAAGGCACCCAGGUCCCUCUCAUUGCCAGAGUAUGGGCCCAAGCUGAAACUUGGUCCUUCAGAAGAUCGGCACAGCCUUAAGUCCGUGGACUCAGGCAUUCCCACCCUCGAGAUCAGUAACCCAGAACCCGUCCCCUGCAGUGUGGUCCACGUGAAGAGGAAGCCAUCGGAGUCGGAGAUCGUCCCCGAGCGAGCUUGCCAGAGCGCGUGCCCGCUGCCAUCCUACACGCCCCCAGCUCCCAGCAGCACCGAGUGGGAGCAGAGCGGGCGGAAGUCGUCCACGUUCCCCAGGACAGGCUACGACUCGGUGAAGCUCUACAGCCCCAGCUCCAAAGCCCUGAGCCGCAGCGACGAUGUCUCCGUUUGCAGCGUGUCCAGCCUUGGCACAGAGCUGUCAGCCACACUGUCCAUCAGCAAUGAGGACAUCUUGGACCUCGUGGUCACGAGCAGCUCCAGUGCCAUCGUGACCCUGGAGAGCGACGAUGACCCACAGUUUACUGACGUCACCUUGAGCUCCGUCAAGGAAACCCAUGAGCUGCGCCAGCAGGACUGUGUGGAUGGAACUGAGGAUGGGAAUAAACGGAGAAUUUUGGGACCACUUAGUAGCUUCUUUACCAGGAAUUUGCUUGCUAGAAAACAGAAUGCAAGACUUGACAAACAAAAUGACUUGGGAUGGAAGUUGUUUGGAAAAGUACCACUUCGAGAGAAUGCUCAGAAAGAUUCAAAGAAAAUACAAAAGGAAUAUGAAGACAAGGCUGGACGACCUAGCAAGCCACCCUCUCCAAAGCAGAAUGUGAGGAAGAAUCUUGAUUUUGAGCCACUGUCCACCACCGCACUCAUCCUGGAAGACAGACCAGCAAACCUCCCAGCGAAGCCGGCUGAAGAAGCUCAGAAACACAGGCAGCAGUAUGAAGAAAUGGUGGUUCAGGCCAAGAAACGAGAGCUGAAGGAGGCCCAGCGGAGGAGAAGGCAGCUGGAGGAGAGGUGCCGACUGGAGGAGAGCAUUGGCAACGCCGUCCUCACCUGGAACAACGAGAUUUUGCCUAACUGGGAAACAAUGUGGUGCUCUAGAAAAGUUCGAGAUUUAUGGUGGCAGGGAAUCCCUCCCAGUGUGAGAGGCAAAGUCUGGAGUUUAGCCAUUGGCAACGAGUUAAACAUCACCCAUGAGCUCUUUGACAUCUGUCUUGCCCGAGCCAAGGAGAGGUGGCGGUCCUUCAGCACAGGAGGCUCUGAAGUGGAGAACGAAGAUGCCGGGUUUUCAGCCGCAGACAGAGAAGCCAGCUUGGAGCUUAUUAAACUGGACAUUUCGAGGACGUUUCCUAAUCUCUGCAUUUUCCAACAAGGUGGUCCAUAUCAUGACAUGUUGCACAGUAUUUUGGGCGCUUAUACUUGUUACCGACCGGAUGUGGGUUAUGUCCAGGGCAUGUCCUUCAUAGCAGCAGUGCUGAUCUUGAACCUAGAUACUGCAGAUGCCUUCAUUGCUUUUUCUAAUCUUUUGAAUAAACCCUGUCAAAUGGCGUUUUUCCGAGUGGACCAUGGCCUUAUGUUGACCUAUUUUGCUGCAUUUGAGGUGUUCUUUGAAGAAAAUCUGCCGAAAUUAUUUGCUCAUUUCAAGAAAAACAACUUAACUCCAGACAUCUACCUAAUUGAUUGGAUCUUUACCUUGUAUAGUAAAUCUUUGCCCCUGGAUCUGGCCUGUCGAAUCUGGGACGUGUUCUGUCGUGACGGGGAAGGGUUUCUGUUCCGGACGGCCCUGGGCAUCCUAAAGCUGUUUGAGGACAUCCUGACCAAGAUGGACUUCAUUCACAUAGCCCAGUUCCUGACAAGGCUCCCAGACGACUUGCCCGCGGAGGAAGUGUUCGCUUCCAUAGCUACAAUUCAGAUGCAGAGUCGAAACAGGAAGUGGGCUCAGGUGCUGACGGCCUUGCAGAAGGACAGCCGGGACACGGAGAAAGGAAGCCCGUCUCUCAGACACUGAGCGGCUGGUGGACUCGCACUCGGCACCGGAGCAGAUUUCCAGGGGGCACCUGUGUUGUUCCAGAUGGACACACGGACAGCCAAGAACGGGCUCUUUCCACGUUUGAGCCUAACACUGGAGUUGGCCUUAAAGCAAAACGACUUUUAAAGAACUCAGCCAAGGCUUAGCCUUAAGAAGCUCAGUGGAACGAUGAGCUAGUGUUGACCACGGCCAACACUGCAUAUUCUGCAUGGUGUAAAAAUAAGGCAGUGGCUAACUCCCCCUCCCCAUCUUAUUUCACAAAAGUUAAUUAAAUUGUCAUGCAUUUAUGUCCACUGAUGAAAAGUACAUGACAGUCUUCCUUAGCCAAGGUGCGUGAGAAAUGCUACUUAGGGGGCCUUGGAAGCUUCACUGGCUUGCUGACCUACUUGAGCGAGGAAGGAGUUGUUGGUUUAGUUAACCAGGAGAACCGUUCUGGGGCUGGAGGUCCUGUUUUUAAAGCCCACCUACCAAAGACAGCACGAAAGGAAAACGGGCUCUCACAGGGUGGUCACCCCGCAUGCCUGUGGGCUCCCUGGGAUUCCACCUGACCUUCAGGUUGGCCCUUCUCCAUUGUCACCCUGACAGAAUCCUAGCGUGAGGGCUGAAAGUGGCCGCUUGGGUUCCGGGGGACCCCUGCUCUCCCCUGAGAUUGUUCCCUCCGUCUCCUGAGCAGGAAUUGCUGCUCCCCCAGGAGGCCGGAGUUGGGAGACAGGCUCCAGCCCCCGCGCCUCCUGUGUGUGGAGGCUGGGGUGGCGGGGCAAGCCUGUGCCCUUGCUCUUCCAGAAUGCUGCUCUUCCCUCUGUCACCCGAACAGAAGGACCAGCGGUUCCCUCCCUGCCUUUGGUUUAAAAGACCGUUGUGCGGGCCGAGGAGCGGGCCGCAUGCACGUGGCCUUGUCGGGGCUCCUGGCAUUUGUCCUGUCGGCCUCUCCCCAUUUUAGCUGGCUUUCCUGCAAGUUCAUCAGCAACUUUCUCGUUUGAACUUUUCCCUGACUAACUUUAAGAAUUUUGUUAAAAACGCUUUUGGUCACGCACAUUCAAAGACAGGAACGGUUUUCACACCGAGGAGCCCAGAGGACAGGCAGAUGUGUGGAGACCGGUCCCCACGCGCUGAUCCGGUGUGUGCUGGGGUCUGCGAGUGCUCGGGAGAGCGGGUCCCCUCAGCCACACUCCCCCCGGGCGGGCAGUGCCCCCCGGCUGCUCUCAGUGCUGAUAUGGGGAGCGCCCCGGCUCCGAGAGCAGGUUUGCCACAGGCGGCACGGGACAAGGGCCUCCCUGCGGCCUGGCUCUCUGGGGCCUUCUCUGUCUGCCACGUUCACGGCCAGCAUGGGCAGGGGGCCGCGCCGUGGCCAUGGGUCCCGUUUCCUGGAGUUGCCUUUGUCCCCCGGUCUUCUUAACUGAAUUCUCCUGGGAGGUUGUGGAGCAUCUCGGACCCACUCUGCCUCAGCCGGCGUCUGCCCGCCCGCCACCGUGCUGCUGAAUGUCACCCCGCCGGCCCCAGCCCUUCGCCCACACGGGCUGUCAUUCCCGGGCGUGGGCUUUCUGUCCUGAAAGGUGUAUAUAUUUUCUUACUGUACAUACGGAUGUUCCUCAGUCGGGACAGGAAGUGCCGCUGCUGCAGGAUGCGUUAGCGGUUCAUCCGCGCGUCCAAACCCAGCCCUUAACACUUCCGUCGGACAGCUUGACAUCCAUCUCUUGGGACUUAUGUCACCACGUAUGCAUUACGUUUUUAGCCGGGAUUCCGUGCCGAUCCGGAACACUUAACAAAUCUCUAGCUCACAAGAGGUUUCCGUGGCCUGUUUGGGGACCGCCCGGGGUCUUCCCGGUUGGCCAUGUCCACCUGACGCCGGGAGCUCGGGCCGCGUGGCACAUGUGGCCCCUUUCCGCGGGGUCAGGCUGCUCUGUCGGAUGCCAUCGCUUAGGAAAAUGGGGGAGCCCGACUGAAAGGCUGCGCCCCCUGCAAGUCUGCACUUUGCCGGCCCGGGCCGCCGGCUGUCUGGAUCUCAGACUUGGGGUUUGGGACUUUGUGCAUCUGGCACUUUAGAGUCGAAAGCUGCGUCCCCACCAGUCCCUGAAAGCCCAUCUAGAAACAAUGUUCACUUUAAAAGGUACUUUUUAACUGCUCAGUUUUUGACUAUUUUGAAUAGUUUGCUGAUAGAAACUUCCUGAUAAUACUUGCUACAUACUAUGUUUUAAUUGCUUGUACAGUUAACCUUUAAUUUUAUUUAGUAAAGUCUAUCAAAUUAGGACUUUUUGAAUUGUAAAUAUGUGGUUUUAUUAAAUAAAAGUCAUGUAAAAUUGUUA